AUGGGGGGAAAGCCGGCUGGGGAUGAGGCCUACGGGAAGCCCGUCAAACACGACCCUUCCUUCCGAGGCCCCAUCAAGAGCAGGGGCUGCACCGACGUCAUCUGCUGUGUCCUCUUCCUCCUCUUCCUCCUGGGCUACGCGGCGCUGGGCGUCGUGGCGUGGGUGUAUGGAGACCCCCGGCAAGUCCUCUACCCCAGGAACUCCACCGGGGCCUACUGCGGCAUGGGGGCCAACAAAGAGAAGCCCUAUCUCCUGUACUUCAACAUCUUCAGCUGCAUCCUGGCCACCAACAUCAUCACAGUCGCCGAGCACGGCCUGCAGUGCCCCACGCCCCAGGUGUGUGUGUCCUCCUGUCCGGCGGCCCCCUGGGUCGUGAGUCAGGGUGAGCUCUCACUGACGGUCGGGGAGGUCUUCUACGCUGCAAACCGGACUGUCUGCCUGCCAGGGGUGCCCUGGGAUAUGCCAGUACUCCAAAGCCUGGAACGAGAGCUCUGCCCCAGCUUCCUCCUCCCCUCCGCUCCAGCUCUGGGGCGCUGUUUUCCAUACCCCAAUAGUACACAGUUCGAGUUCCCAGGGAUCUCUGGCAACACCUCCAUCAACCAGGGGAUCAGUGGUCUUCUGGACAGCCUCAAUGCCCGUGACAUCAGCGUUAAGAUCUUUGAAGAUUUAGCCCAAUCCUGGUACUGGAUUCUUGUUGCCCUCGGCGUGGCUCUGGUCCUGAGCCUGCUGUUUCUCCUGCUUCUUCGCCUGGUGGCCGGGCCCCUGGUGCUGGUCCUGAUCCUAGGGGUGCUGGGGGUGCUGGCAUAUGGCAUCUACCACUGCUGGAAGGAGUACCAGGUGCUGCGGGACCAGGGUGCCUCCAUCACCCAGCUGGGCUUCACCACCAACCUCAGCGCCUACCGCAGUGUUCAGGAGACCUGGCUGGUGGCCCUGAUCGUGCUGGCUGUGCUGGAAGGCCUCCUGCUGCUCAUGCUCAUCUUCCUGCGGCAGCGGAUCCGCAUCGCCAUCGCCCUCCUGAAGGAGGCCAGCAAGGCUGUGGGACAGAUGAUGUCCACUGUGUUCUACCCGCUGGUCACCUUUGUCCUCCUGCUCGUCUGCAUUGCCUACUGGGCCAUGACUGCUCUGUACCUGGCCACCUCAGGACAACCUCAGUACGUCUUCUGGGCACCCAACGCCAGCCUCCCCAGCUGUGAGGCAGCGCCACUGAAUGCAUCGUGCGACCCCAUGGCUCAGCCCACGAACUCCUCGUGCCCAGGGCUGAUGUGCGUCUUCCAGGGCUACUUGUCCACAGGCCUGGUGCAACGUUCUCUCUUCAACUUGCAAAUCUACGGGGUCCUGGGGCUAUUCUGGACCCUCAACUGGGUCCUGGCUCUGGGCCAGUGUGUCCUGGCUGGGGCCUUUGCCUCCUUCUACUGGGCCUUCCACAAGCCCCAGGAUAUCCCCACCUUCCCCCUGAGCGCCGCCUUCAUCCGCACACUGCGUUACCACACCGGGUCGCUGGCCUUCGGGGCCCUCAUCCUGACCCUUGUGCAGAUAGCGCGGGUCACCUUGGAGUACAUUGACCACAAGCUGAGAGGCGCCCAGAACCCUAUGGCCCGCUGCAUCAUGUGCUGCUUCAAGUGCUGCCUCUGGUGUCUGGAGAAGUUUAUCAAGUUCCUGAACCGCAACGCAUACAUCAUGAUCGCCAUCUACGGGAAGAAUUUCUGUGUCUCAGCCAGAGACGCCUUCAUGCUGCUCAUGCGGAACAUUGUCAGGGUGGUGGUCCUGGACAAGGUCACAGACCUGCUGCUGCUCUUCGGGAAGCUGCUGGUGGUGGGAGGUGUCGGGGUCCUGUCCUUCUUUUUCUUCACCGGUCGCCUCGUGGGGCUGGGCAAAGACUUUGAGAGCGGCCCCCUCAACUAUUACUGGCUGCCCAUCAUGAUCUCCGUCGUGGGGGCCUACGUCAUCGCCAGCGGCUUCUUCAGCGUCUUUGGCAUGUGUGUGGACACGCUCUUCCUCUGCUUCCUGGAAGACCUGGAGCGGAACGACGGCUCCCCGGCCCGGCCCUACUUCAUGUCCAAGGCGCUCCUGCAGAUUCUCGGCAAGAAGAACGACGCGCCCCCGGGCGGCACGAGGAAGAAGCCCUGAGCCGGCGCCGCCCCGCGCGCGCAGCCUCCCAGCCUCCCCUCCCGCUCAGGUCCUGAUUUUGUAGUAAAAGAUGCUAUUAAAGAUGGAUACGUAUUUUGUUUUCG